AUGCCGAAACAAAAGGCCCUCCUGAAGGAGACUACAUCGAGCAAAAGCAAGGGGAAGAAGAAGGGGAGACAGCAGAACCAGGACCCCGAGACGGCAGAUGAGUUCCUCGCUGCUGGCGUCGAGCAGGAGGAAGGCGGCGAGAAAUGGCGGGCCGGAGACGCUGUCAAGGCGAUGCGGUUCUUCAUGCGCGCUAUCGAUUUCUAUGAUAAUGGACUGGCUAAGUUUCCUAAUUCGUUUGAUUUGGCUUAUAAUAAAGCAAGAGUUCAGUACGAAAUAACGCAACAUCCAAAAUUGGCUUCUCAGCUUCCGGCCCCGCUGAUCAAACUCUUGCACAUCGCCCUCCAGUCCCAUCGGGAGGCUCUCGCUCUCCAGCAGGACAAUGCAGACAUCCUGUUCAACACGGCGCAGGUCCUGACGAGCCUCGCAGAGGCUAUCACCGAGUCAAAGCGCCCCUCGGAGGAGCAGAUCCAAGAAGCCCUCGGGUAUCUUCGAGAAGCGCUCGAGCUCUUCCAGCGCUGCUUGGCUCUGCAGGAGCUCCGCUACACAGAGUCUCAGGAGCAGAUCAGGAUGAUGGAAGCCGGCGAGUUUGACGCCGCAGGUGAUGAUGCUGGGGUGGCAGUAUCGCAGGGACAGGGACCAUCAGAACCAUCGGAACCACAGGAGUCCCAGGAAGAAGAACAGUGGGCAACAGUGGUGGAGCCGGUCACAAAGAACACCCUGGUGGACACAGCUGUGGCGCAGCUGGAGACACUGGCGACUCUGUGCAGUCUUCUGACGUUCGAUCCUGGAAGCGGUAUUGCUUGGGUGGAGGAAUAUUCCUACGAUCUCUUGAGGACAAAGAUCCCCGCCUAUGUCGAGGGAACAGACCGACAUCACGAAGUUGCCCGGGCUCGCGCGCAAUUCUUGGCUGCUCUCACCGAGAUUCUGUACAGAAGCGGACGGAUAGAUGUUGAAACGUAUCAGAGGGAGCUCAGUGGCGCGUUCCCUCCCGACUUAGAUCUUUCCAAGGACCCAGUAGGGCUCUGUAGCAAGGCCGAGGCCCUCACAUCGUUCAAUUCAGCCAUCGCGGGCAACCUACCUGCGCAAAGUGCUGAGCAGGCAAGCAAAUCGUUAGCGCUGCGCUGGCAAUCCCUAUCGUCAGCUUUAGAAGCCUUGUCUGCGGCAUCCAAGAUCGCGACGGCUGAAAACGUUCCCAAGAUCCAUCUCGCGAGGGGGGAUGCAGAGAUGUCGCGGUGGCAGUUGGGCAGGCCGCCAUGGAAUUAUGCAACGUCACAGCAGUACGCGGCAACGCUUCUUAAGAACGCUCAGACAUAUUAUCGCGGUGCGGCCGCUCUUGCUCGCAGAGAUGGGGCCGCAGAACAAGAGAGAGAUGGUUCUUGUAAGGAGGCACUGGCGGCAGCCUUGGCAGGCGACAAAACCAAGCUGGAACAGCUCAGGAGUGCUGCAUCCAACGAAUUGCUGGCAGUUGCCGAAGACAUGGUGGAAGAUGGAUUGGUAACGUCCACAGACGUGGAGGCUUUGUUGUCGUAA